UAAUUAUUAGGCACACUGCACGUUACGUCGGUAGAUAUAAUAAUUAUGUUAGUAGGAAAUUAUUCCAAAAUAAAUUACAUGUACGUAUUAAUAAUGCCUACACUGAUGUGGAACUAUUGUGUGUAGAAAGUGAAAUGCGUUUUUUUUAUAAAUUAUUUUAGUUAUUUCUCCUAUGUUAAGAUUUUAUUCAGUUUGGUGAAUGUAUUUGUAUUUUAGAACUGCGAUACACAUAGCUAUAUUACCUUUUGGUAUCCAUUAAACAUCCUUCUUAGGGAAUCAAAGCCAUCUUCUGCGUGUACCGUGUCAUCAUAAUGUACUGCAAUCAGUGACUCUAUGCUGUAGUCACAUAACUUCAAAACAACAAUUAUAUUUUUGCCAAAAGUAAUAAUUAAAACUAAACAUAUAAUUCGUCUCCAGUGUAGCAGGCACCUUAACAUUUAGACUAGGUAUGUAUGUAUAUAUUGUGUCUUUUGUAGGCGUAGUAGUAUCAUAAUAGUAGCUGAGAUUGUGUCAUUUUUACCUUUUAAAAUGAAUGACGAAAUGUGUGAGCCUAACAAUCAAUACAUAUGUCCAAACAAAAUCUCAAAUAAACUUGAACAGUGUAUUUCUGAUAUAGCAAAACGAAAUGGGUUUGUCAAAUAUGAUAUUGAAAAGAAAGAAUUUUGCACAAAUGGAGGCAGUUAUUUGGGACUACUAUAUGAAAUUGAUAUAAAUGGACACACAAAUGAUGGUGAGAAAGAAAUAAAUAUAUUUGUCAAGAGCAUUCUCCCAGGUGACAUUGAUUUGCAAAUGUUGUCAGUACGUGAUGUUUACGAAACUGAAAUGUUCGCUUACAAAAUAAUUUUCAAAAUAUUCGAUGAACUACAAGAAGAAGCAAAUGUACCAGUUGAAGAAAGAUACAAAACAGUGAAAAGUUAUGAAGAGAGUGACGCAGAAGUGAUUUUAAUGGAGAAUGAAGCAAAAAAAGGAUUCAGUACUGGACAUAGGAUGGACGUCAUAUCUUGCCAGUUUGCAGAAAUGGCAAUUGCAGAACUUGCUAAAUUCCAUUCGCUUUCUUUCGUGCUAAAGGUAAAACGACCAUCAUUUUUUGAAGAGCUAGAAGUUAAAAUGAGGACGUCUCCGUACAAUACUGGUGACAAAUGGCAAAGCAUUGCGCAAAACAUGAUUAAGAUAACAUUGGAUAAUACAGACGAAGGAAUCAAGGAAAGAGUUGAGAAGUUUUGCGAAAAUAUUGGAGAUCGAAUCACGAGUUGUUAUGAGAAUGAAUCUGUACGUCGAAGUCUGUGCCACGGCGAUUAUAGGCCUAAUAAUAUACUGGUCAAAAAAGUUGAUGGAGAGAUAUCCGAAUUAAUACCAAUCGAUUAUCAAAUGAUGUAUUAUGGAUGCCCAGUCGUGGACUUUCUAUAUUUCAUCAUAUGCUGUACUGACAAAGAAUUUCGAAAACAUCACUUGUUGCACUUGAAAAAUUUAUACCAUGAGGCGAUGGCAAGAUUUUUGAAUUAUUUUGAUCUGGACGUCAACCGCUUCUAUACAAGGGAAGAUUUUGAGAAGGACUACGAAGAAAGAUUGAAUUCUGGACUGGUAUUGGCGUUAGUCUUUUUACCUUUUGUAUUUGCAUCGGAAGAUGAUGUUCCUGAUUUGACAAAAGACGAUCGCGACAUGGAUAAAUUUAGUUUGAAUGUUGAUAAAAGGUACAAAAACAGAAUACAAGGAAUAAUCGAGGAUUUCAUUGAGUGGGGUGUAAUUUAAAUUAUUUAUUGUUUGUCAUGUUCUUUUUGCUUAAUGAUUAUGAUUUUAUAUGUAUACUUUUUUGAUCGUUUACCUAAUUCAAUCAGUUUUGGGCUGUUUUUUCUAAUAAAAUAAUUUAUAUGUAGAUUAAUAAAUAAUUUAUUAGUACCUUAACGUUUAUAAUCAAACUAUCUUUUACUGCACCGUUGGCGUGGUGGCUGGGCAACUGGUUGUCGCGCAACGCGUCGCGGUUUCAAUUCACGAUGGGUAUAACCCUAUAACCCUAUGAGAGA